GCAAAUCAAACAAUUCCUUAAAAAAAACUUGCUUAUGGCUUUGAAAGUAUGGUUUUCAAAUUAUCUUGCAAACACACCUACUGGGUAAGUGGAGCAGCGAACAUUGGGAUUGGGGAUAACCCUGGUUACGGUUACAGAACGGUUCACUCAAAAGUGAAGAAGCUCAAUGAUAAACUGAAUACCAUGAAGCUCAAAAGCGAUGUAAUGAGAGAAGCUUUGGCGGAAUUUCUAGGGACUUUCAUUCUUGUGCUCUUUGGUAAUGCUGUGAACGCAGUUUUAGUUUUCAACAAGUCCAGUAGUUCUGUUGCUGGCCCUCUGGGAUGGGGUGUAUCUCUCAUGGUGGCAAUUGCAGUUACAGGAGGUGUUUCAGGUUGUCAUGCAAACCCAGCUGUUACACUAGCGAUGGCCAGUAUUGGAAAAUUUAAAUGGAAAAAAAUCAUGCCCUACUUUUUCGCACAAUAUUUUGGCGCAUUUGUUGCUUCCAUAGUACUUUAUACGGUUUAUUUGGAAUCCUUUUCCAACUUCGAUGGAGGACAUAGAGAAGUACCACCCAAUAAGACUGCCACGGCUCAAAUCUUUGCUACAUAUGCAGCUGAUCAUGUUUCAGUCUAUACUGCAUUAGGUGACCAGAUUGUUUCAAGUAUGGUGUUCAUCAUGGCUAUUGUUGCCAUCACGGAUCCUCAUAAUAUGAGCAUCAUGAAAGGACAAUAUCCAUUAGUAAUUGGUCUCGCCUUAUCCGCCACGAUUUUUGCUUUUCCAUUAAACUGUGGAGCUCCUCUCAAUCCUGCCAGAGAUUUGGCCCCUCGAAUAUUCACUGCCCUAGCUGGCUGGGGUAAAGAAGUCUUCAGCUUCCGAGAAUACAACUUUUUUUGGGUUCCUGUGAUUGGGCCACAUGUUGGUGGCAUCCUUGGUGCAUGGAUUUACCGACUUUGCAUUGAACUUCACUGGCCCGUGGACAGUUAUGACUUUGGCAACCCAACGGAAGUGAAGAGCAACGGAGAGUUCAAGAAAAAAGACGAUUUGCCUUUUGUUGAUAAGAAAAUUUUUGAUGAAAAUGAUAUGUGCAUUGAGCUCAUAAAGGCAAUAGAAUAGACUUGAGGAAUCUCGAACCAAGACAACAGAAAGGUCGAAGAAUGAAUCAAAGACAACGAAAAAAUUUAUACAUGGGACAACGGCAGCAUGGUACUGAUUAUUCGUGAUUUUACUAUGCCGCCAGUUUGAAUCAAGGAUUCAAAUGUAUGUAUUUGUAUAUAACAUAAACAAAAAUAUUUUUCUAUUAAGUAUUGGACACAAAAAAUAUGUAAGGAAUUUAAAAUGUUUUUGUAGCACUUAAAAUAAUUUCACAUAAGUUUUUCGUUUUGAUUUCUUUUCAAAUUCAUAUCCCACCUAUUUCUUCAAAACUGCCGUCUACAAAACUACUAUUAAAUCAAAUUUGCCAGAUGUCACAAGAACUUGUUAUAAAAUACUAAUUGUUUUAGAAAAUAUUUCACAAAACGAAAAAAAAAUUAGAAUUUUAAAAAAAAAAGACUUUUUAGCAAAAAGUAUUCACUUUAAAAAUUUGAAUAAUUGCAUUAAUUACAUUAAAAAUAUAGCACGUGCCAAGAUUUCUCGUAAUCUUCCCAAACUUAUCAGAAUUUUGAAUUUUUAAAAACGAAAUAGGAUGUUAAUACUUUAUAGAGUGCAAUAAUAAGAUUUUAGGUAACGCAUCGUUUCAUAACUUUUUCAUUUUAAACAACAUAUUUAUUAACUCAGUCAUCUUAUACAAUUCAACAUAUUGGUAUUUUUGGUAUUCCAUAAUGAUCACCCAUGAUAGAUAUUUUUGAAAUGAGGUCAGUCAAUACUUGCAUCAGAGGUCACGAAUUAAAAUUCGAGAAGAAAAAAGCAUAAAAAUUAAUUGAUAAAGAUGCAUAUAAGAGAAAAGAUAGGAUUAAAAACAUCAAAAACAAUAUAUAUUUUUUUUAUUUUAAGUGAGACUGGUAUGUUCUCGCAUUUAGUUAGGAACAACCUUUUAGAUUCAUUCUCAAGUAAACUAGUUUUUAACCAUUUUAACCCUCAUUAUUUUUGUUGGGAUAAUAGUUUUAAUUAUUUUUAUUGAGAUAUAAUCGGAACUUAUCUAUCUUAUUAACUACUGUUUAUUUAUUACGCUUGACAUGAACUGUAAAAUAACAAAAUAUAAUCCUAAAUUCUAGUUUGGCGAAUAAGGUUUCCAUAUUGUCGUUCGAUUCAUGAAUUUGUUUGAAUUUCGUUAUGUAUUUAUGUAUAUUAUUAUUGAAAACAUAUUAUAAUAACUUUUAAUGUAUAUUUAUACCAAUAUCCAUCUUGCACGAGUGAAGGCUCUUUUAAAAGAUUUUAUUAUGUACUUUUUAUAAAACUUAAAAAUUGCCUUUUAUAAGUCUGAAGAUUUUCAAAGCAAUCAUCAAAAUAUUUUUAAGAAAAUAUAAACAUAAAAUGGAAUAUGCAGCUGUAUAUGUUUUUUAAUGUGAAACUGUAUCGUUAUUUAUCAUUGUUCACUGUAUGUUACUAUUUUUCAUCACUUCCAUUUCAAAACCAAAUCCAUUUCUUCAUGUAACUUUUGAAAAAAUAAAGUUAUUUCAAAAUAAACAUUUUUUUGAACAA